AUGGAAUGGAUCAAGCGCUGGGCAGCCAUCGGCGACAGCUACACACCUGGCAUCGGUGCCGGAAGAUCACUUGGCCACAGGAUCACUGCCGGCGAGGUAGCUGUAAAAGAGCCUAGUGGCUUAGACAAGGUUCGCGACAACUGGAAGUGUUCUAGAUAUGAUAUGGCCUACCCUAAAGUUAUGGAGGCGCAGUUGGGCGCCCAUGUCGAAAAAGAUGGCGGCUUCCAGUACCUCGCCUGCAUCGGCGAUCAUUCUGAACAGAUUUGCCAGCAGGCCAAGACCUUGAAGGGCAAGCUUGAUUUUGUCACUUUUGCCUCCGGCGGGAACAACCCGUCUAAGAAAAAUCAUCGCGGACCGUAUUAUGCCCAAGAAAAUGCAAAGCCAAUCAUCAAGGGCAACAUCAAAGAGAUUUUGGAAGCCCUCGACGAGAAGAUGAAAAAGAGUGGCGUCGUCGCUGUUAACGGCUACGCCCAGUUCUUCGAUUCUACCACGGACAAUCUCGAUCAACAGUCGUGGGACGUCUUUUGGUUCUUCCCAUUAGGCGCCACUUACCGGGCUCUUACCAUCUCACGCCGCAACACUUCAAUCAGCUGGCCCUUGACAUCAACUAGCCCAUCCGUGACGCCGCCGACGACGCCACCAAGAGUGACAAGACCAAUUACAAGGUUGGCUACGCCGGAUGGGAUGACUGGGUCUCUACUGUUCCCGAUGCCCCGAAUGUGCUCGCCUAGCAGCAACGGCGACUACCCGGAUCCCAAACAGCCGGACAUGCACUUCAUCAAGCCUGAUUCAGACUCCUGGUUUGGAUGGUCAGGCGAGUUCGAACGGACUGAGCUACGAAAGCGCGACAUGGAUCUUGAGGAGAUGCUGAACUCGUCCAGGCUCUCCAACUCAGAGAAAUGCCAGGCUAAUCGAAUCAAGGCCAUGAUGGAGGCACACGACAGAAGACUCGAGCGCACACUCUACGACUCUAUCCUUUUCAAGUCACCCCACCCUCGCGCUGCCAUCAGGCACAAACUUGACCCCCAAGCGCCCUCACCACUAGGCUGCCCUGGGGACGGCGGCGCCGACAUGACCUUGGGCAUGGAUACGCCCGACCACUUCCACCCAAACGUGGCCGGCCACACUACUAUAGCCUCCUUUGCCCUCGCUGAACUCAUGGACCUGCACUCCAUCGUUCUUGGUGUCGACUCGCCCGCGUGCACUGGCACAAAUGAGUUUACGUUUUUCUCGAAAACUGGUAGCAAGUUCUACGUCAGUGACAAUCGUACGGAUGAGAAUUUUGAGGAUUUCUGCAAGGAGGUUGAAGAGAAACACCCCAAAAACUCGAUCAACUGGAGUUACCCCAAGAGCUACGACGUAAGCACGCCAGAAGAACAUGACUAUGUUGUCACUUUAGGGAAUAGUGUAUCGGCAUUCGAUAAAGACCAAUGCGUCGAGUUUGUGAAGAAGCUCAUCAACUCGUGCGAUACUUCCGACAACCCCAUGAACUGGAAGGGUGGCGGACGAUGUUCCGCGGGGACAGAGACUACAAGUAUGAGCUCAACCUCCGCCGCAGCAAUCGCCCCUGGCCAUGGCCAAAAAAUCCUUACGGCCGAUGCGAGGGCUGGUACAAGGGGACUCAUGGACGGUGUAAGAUUGAGGGUGCCGGCCUCGCCACCUGGGAUCAUGGUGGAAAAACUCUUCGGCCUAAUCUAG